GCAGCCCUGGGCAGCGGCUAAGGCGGAGCGCGCGGCUCGGCGGCCGGCUAGCCCUGGCGACGGCACCGGAGAAGGAUGGGGACCGCAACCCGGGCUUCGCAGAGAGCCUCCGUGGAGGCGAGGGCGGUGCAGAGACUAGGCGUGUGACUCCGAGCAAAUCGGGGGAGGAUGGAUGAGGGGAUGGGAGAUAGCUAACUGGGCUGUCUCUCUGCGUCGGGUCCGCAGAGGCUCACGUCGCGGGUCUCCAGAGGCUUCGUCGACAACAUCGGCAGCGCCGAGCCAGUCUCGGGCCAUGAGGAGCGCUCAGGCCGCUCGGCCGGGAGCCGCCGUCGGGGCUGGCAGCGUCCCGCUGCGCUGAGGGCGUGGAACGGAGAAGGGCGCGGGCGGCCGGGCUGCGCCAGAGCGCACAGCCAUGGCGAGGGAGGAGUGCAAGGCACUGCUGGACGCUCUCAACAAGGCGACCGCAUGCUACCACCACCUGGUGCUGACCGUGGGCGGCUCGGCGGACUCGCAGAACCUGCGUGAGGAACUACAGAAGACGCGCCGGAAGGCGCAGGAGCUGGCGGUGGCCACCCGCGCCCAGCUGACGGCGGCGCUGCGCGACCGGGGCCUGGGCGCCGAGGAGCGCGCCGAGUUCGAGCGCCUCUGGGUGGCCUUCUCCGGCUGCCUGGACCUGCUGGAAGCCGACAUGCGGCGCGCACUGGCCCUGGGCACUGCGUUCCCCCUGCACGCGCCACGGCGGCCGCUGGUGCGCACAGGCGUGGCGGGCGGCUCGGCGGGCGUAGCAGCGCGCGCCCUGAGCGUCCGCAGCUUGCGGCACGAGGCGGAGGGCAACUUCGACGUUGACGACCUGCGCGAGCUGGAGCACGAGAUCCUUCAGGUGAGCGAGAUGAUCCAAGAAAUGGAGAUGAAGGUCAACGUGCCCCGCUGGACGGUGCAGGCCCGGCAAACGGCGGGCGCCGAGCUCCUGUCCAGCGCCAGCGUACGCGUCUCCUCGGUGGGCGCCAUGUCCGUCCAGGAGCGCACGGGGCCCUGCGACCCGAACAAGGCCCUGGCCGCCACCGUUUUCAGCGCCGUGCUGCUGGUGGCUGUGGCCCUGGCAGUCUGCGUGGCGAAACUGAGCUGACCGACACACGACUUUCUCCUGCCACUACCGCUCCCUCCCGGGAGACAUCCCUCGGGAAUGACGGCAAUUGCCUGGACUGGGGAUGGGAGUGGGAUUUGGCACGUUUAAGGGAAGGGGUUCUAAAACCCCGUGUGUGUGUGUGCGUGUGCACAUGCAUGUUUCAAGCACACAUCUGCUUAAGCAGAACAUGGUUCCUCUUGCUGGCCGGGGAGGAGUUAAUUUUGCGCGGGUAUCCAGGGCAUUACCGCUAAUGUAUGCCCAGCUUUAUCCCCUAUUAAUAGAAAACCGUCCCACGGUGACCCCAGAUUCCUCCGAGUUAAUGGGUGACCACGUGUGCUGCUGGGGCGUGUUUACACGGAGUCUGAGUUUGGUGCCCCCACCGCUACCAGAGAUUCCCACUCUCUGCGUGGGUUAGUUUGAAAGGGGGGUGAGGUGAAAUGAAGUCGGGCCGGGGGAGUUGUUUUGCUGUGUGGGUGGUGAUUUGGUUUCCUGGACAAAACUAGGAAGAUGUAAGCAGGUUAUAUUACCUUAAUCCUUUGGGGCCUAAGUUUAGGAUAGCGUGCAAAGCGAAGUCUGUGCAAAGUGCUUUCUCUAUGGAACGCCAUUGAGCUUCUUGGCAGAGUUCGUCAAUCAGUUACCAAAAGCAGCUAGAAGACGUUUGGGUUUGGGGUUCGGUGACCUUCCCCAACAAGUGCUGACCCUACUUAGGAAACCAGACAUUGAAACUGCCCCCACUUGCCUAUUGCAAGGGGCUCUUCCCCGUCAGCCUGGAGGGCACACAAGCUUUGGGAAGGACAUAUGCUAUUCAAACAGGCACUUUCUCCUUUGCAGGGGCUUUUGUUUGUUCCAGAACUAGACCAGAGUUUUAGAUCCUCCUUGGGGGGAGGGCUGCAGAAUCCUCUUUGUAGCCGUUAAUCCUUUCUAUCCCUUGGAAUUUGCCUGCUGGCCAGUAGGAGAGCUGGCUUUGGAGGAAGCCCCACAGCUCCCUGACCCUCACACUGACCCCUGAGAGGGUAAACCUCACUGCUGCAUGCCAUGGGACCGGAUUAGCCCUGGAACUGGGUUAGAAGGCAACAACUUCCACUUGGAAAUUUCAGCGGCAUUUUAGAAACAAGAAUCAUUGAGGAAGAAAAACCAUAUAACCAUAUGUUGCCCUAUCAAAGCCAGCUUCUUAUAGAGGACAUUUGGCCACGAAGUCAUACGUGCCAAUGAGUCAAACACAGUGGUCUUUUACUUACACCCUUAAGUUAGUAAAUACACAUCUAUUAUGAAAAUAGACCUUCUUGAAGGCAGGAGGUCAUAGCAUAAACUAGUGGAACCACGGUGUACAUAACAGAGGUUGGGUGACUCCUGCUUCUGUUGCUCAGUGAGUAAAGAAGGUGGAAACCCCUGGGUCCCAGGCUGAGCAGUGCCACCACCGGCCGCCUGUUUUGCAAAAAGAACAUAGCUGGGGAAAACAUAUUUACCUGUCAAAAGGUAAUUUCGGGGCACCUAGGUGGCUCAGAUGGUUGGGUGCCUGCCUUCGGCUCAGGUCAUGAUCCCGGG